UGUGGACAAAUACACACAACGACAGCCAUUUGUUUUUCCCCAUUUUAUACUUUUGAUGCAGAUGAUUAAUUUUACAACACUAUGCUCUCUCUAGCACACACACACACACACACACGCACACACACAUGCACACUACACAGCAACAAGGUGGCUCCUUAUGUUGCGUUUAUGAUGCGCAAACAGACAAUAAAAAUCAUUGGUUGUAUUGUUGAAGUUGCGACAACCACAUUAGUAGCCUUGGUGCCAACACACACACACACACACACACACAUUGGGGAAUACAUAGUACAGUUUGUGGCCACAUACAUACAUACACACACACACACACACACACACACACACACGAGGCAGAGCGGAGGGAGAGUAUAAAAGGGGCAUCCUUUCCACUCGGCGGAGAAGUGCUCUCCUCACUCCUCACACACUCCCUUGAACGCACCAAUCGUAUUUGUCAAGAUGACUGUAGGGCUGAGUGUGUGUGUGGUGCUGGUGGUCUUAUGUUCAAGCUCUUUGGGGCUCCCCUUCUCCUCUCAACUCCAAGACAAGGACCAGCGUUCCCCCUCUCAAGAAGCCCUCCUUGAAGCCGACAAUCUGGGGGAGCCUCACCUCCGACACAGCCGCUCUGCCCCCCAGCUCUCUCUGGCCCAGGAGGAUGCAGAGUCUCGGGCUAACCUCAGCGAGCUCCUUGCAAGACUCAUCUCCUCCAGGAAAGGUUCCGUGCGCAGAAACUCGUCGGCAGCAAACAGCAGAGGCGGAGGCCUGAGCAGCGCCAACCACCGGAUAGCAGACAGGGACUACUUGGGCUGGAUGGAUUUUGGCAAGCGCAGCGCAGAGGAGUAUGAGUACUCCUCGUAAACACAACAAACAAAAAACACAUCGGAAGGAACUGUUCCCUUCUCAGUAAGAGUGUAUUUAUGAGGAGUUUGUUUGUACAUUUGUUUUGUUAAUGUACUGUUAAAUGCAAUAUACAUAAUAUGCCACUUUUUUGCCACUCUGUCACCGAUUUGUUUGUCAUUUGGAAUGGAAAGAGGAAACGUGGUGUCAGGGUGCUUUGAGACUUAUAGAUGAAUAAAAACUAAAAA